AUGCAGAAUUCAAAACAAUUGAAUAAUAAUAAUUUAAAUGUUGGUGAUAUAUCAGCACUUGAAUGGAUUGAUAGUAGCAGUACCGAUGAAGAUGAAUUACAUAAUAUAAGUUAUGGUAAUAAUGUCUAUCGAAGUAUGGAUACUUGGACACGAGAAAGCGGUGAUGGUGAUUCUGGUGAAGAGAUUUACUGUCAUAAUUUAGAUCGUAUUGACGAAGAAGAUGAUUUUGAAAUCUCAGAAAAGAGUAAUUUAAAAACAAUUAUACAUAAUUCGACGUAUUCGAUUAAAGAUGACGAUAACUUAGAUGAUGAAACUAAAACUAUCGUAAGCGAUGAAAUAUCAUCCCUUGAAAAUGAUGAAGAGAACUUAUUCAUUAAUCGAAUUGACGUUUUAAAGCAAUCCUUGUCGAAGCUGUUAGAUAAAAUUAGCUUAAUUAAUCAAUGCGAGUGUAAUAUCCAACAAAAAACUGAAUAUGAAGAAUUAAUUAAGAAUAUUGUUCCAAAUAUUUUGACAUAUUUAAAUGAGAAUCGAAUUGAGGACCUAGAAUUAACAAUAAAGAAUUUAUCAACAACUUCAGAUCACUCGUUAAGUCCACCUGAAGAAAUUGCACCAAUUGCAGUUAGUGAGUUCGAUGGCCUGGAUGAUGAUGAAGAACCUAUCAUAUUAGAAGCACCUAGUGAAUUUAACGAUAAAAAAGAGAAUACCGACAUUGACGUGGUUGAUAGUAGUUGUUGUAAAGCCGCACCUAAGGAUAAUCAAAUACAAUCAGAAAAUAAUUUCAUGAAGCAUGAAAUGAACAAUACUUGUUGUUUACAACAGGAAAUAGGGUCUGUUGACAAGAAGAACGAUAGUGGGUGUAAUACAAGCCAACUUGAUGGAGAAGUGGACAAUGCAACUGAAAAAAAUUAUAUUCAAAACACGUGUGGUGAAGUUCUACUGGACAAUAAACAACAACAACAUAAACAAAGUGGGGAUUUGAAUAAAAUAGUUGAUGUAGUACACAGCAGUACACAGCAAAACGUUACGAAUAAUAAUAAUCAUUGCUUUGAAGAUGACGUGAUGUAUGCAUGUGAUAAAUGCGGCUAUCAACAUAAACAAUAUCAAAUGCAUGCGUUAGAAUUGUUAAUUGGUAUAACAAAGCAACCAAGUAUGUGUUCGUUAACUGUGGAAGAAAAACUUGUUCAACCGCAAUUUGAUACCACCAUCACAAGUGACACACUACUACAGUCAGCAGAUGAUAAAGAAAAUAUUACAACAUUAAAUAAGUGCGAAGAAUUAAUAUCAUCUUCAGAAAGACCUGGUGAAUCAAUAUUGAGCGACGACACUAGUGUCUGGAUGAAGAAUGAAAAUGAAAGAAUACCAGUAGAAAAACAAAAACAAAUUUUACCACCGUCGUCCACGGUCUGUUCGUCUUCGUCAAUUGUGGUGAAUAAUAAUUCAACUACUACAACAUCAGUGACGGUAGGCUCAACAACAGCGGUGGCGUCGACGCCGAAUACAGACGAUGUACAUAACGAGGUGAUGCAAACAACAUCGAUCGGGAAUAAUAAUACCAGCCCACUAGUAAAUACAGCACCAUCAGCACAGGCGCUUGAUGCGUCGUCUCAACAACAUACACAACGACGACCAACAACGAAGACGAUAGCGACGGACGUGAAGGCGCCGCAAACGAUAGACAACAACGACGUCGACAAGAACAACCAUACAAUCAUCCACCAUACAACAACAAUUACUGGAAACGGUAGUGGUGGAAACAGUUCUACUGCUGAUGUUCAAUUACUUAGUGAUAAAUUCAAUUUGCUAAGUGAAAAAUUUAAUGAUCAAGUUUUUUGUAAUAAAAUUCAUAGUGAUCAACAAUUAUGUGAUAAUGUAAAUAGUAAUGAUUUAUCAUCAUCAUCAUCAAUACAAAAAAGUGAUAAUGAUAAUGAGAAAUAUGUAUGGAAUUUUGUGAAUGGUCGUUUAAUAUUUGAAAAAUUAAAUAAAAAUAUUGUGAACGAAAAGAAAAGUGAUGAUAAUGCUGAAGGCCAUAAUAAUAAUAGUUCAAGGCUGAUAAACAGCCACAGUAUCAUCACAACAACAUCAAGUGAAAGUGAUCUUUGUCGUACAUCUACAACAACUGAUGCACAAGUAAAACAUAAUGAUAAUACUGAUAAUGUUACUGAUAAUACAUUAAGUUUAUUUGAUGCAAUUGAAAAAUAUGCUGAUCAUAUUGAGAAUGAAAUUGUUAAAUAUAAUACUGAUAAUGAUAAUGCUGAUAAUUUAUUAUUGAAUAGUCGUAAUUUAAAUAAAGGAAUAUUUGAUGGGCAUGCACGUUUAAAACGUUUAGAACAAAAGUUACUUCAAUCAUCAACAACAACGAAUUAUCAUACUGAUAAUGAUAAUGAUCAUUCUACAUUAUCAGCAUUGAUAAAACAGCAAAAUGAUAAUGAUAUUGUAUGUGAAUUUGAUGUUAAUGAGAUAGCUAAGUUUACUGAUAAUUUUAAUGAAUUUUAUGUAGUCUAUGAUGAAUUUAAUGAUAAUGAGGAUCAUGAUGAUAAUCAUACUGAAGGUAUAAUUGAAGAAGACGACGAAGAGAAUAUAGUUGAAGAACAAGAAGAAGAAGAAGAAGUUGAAGUAGUAGUGGAUACAAGAACGGUAUCAACGAUGCGUGGCGACGCAACCAUGGGUAACAAUGGUGAUGUAAUCGGUGGGGAUCAACAACGGAAUACAAAUAAUUCAACAGUGUCAGUUGUAAAACGACAUAAUCCUGAUCAUGACAAUUUAAAAUCAUUGUUAAAGAAACCAAAAAGUAAGACAUCUUCAACGAACAGUAGUGGUAAUCAUUGUGAUAAUAAAAAGAGUAAUCGUGUUGUGUUUAACGAGAAACGUAAUGAAUUCUUUGAAGCCGAUUAUAUUAUUUUAAUUCGCGAAGAAUGUGAUUACGAUGAAGACGAUGACGAUGGUAUCUGUACAUGUAAUCAACAUGAAAUGGUGCGUUUAACAUGUUGUGAACCGAAUUGUAAUUGUAAUUAUGAGACUAGUAGUAGUGAUUAUUCAUCACAAGGUAGUGCUGGUCACGGGGAUGGUGGUUGUGUUAUUACAUCGGAACAAACACCACCAAGUCCGAAAUAUGCACCUCCGUUGGAGUUUGUUGAUGCGGUAACACUAAGUCCACCGGAGGGCUAUAAAGAUAUGGAUUUAGGUGAACAACAAUUGAUUGCUUUGCAACAAUUAGCUGCUCGUCAACGUGCCGUUGCAGCAGCUGCCCAAAUUUCACAAGGUGGCGCCGUUUGUAGAGAUUGUAGCUCGGCAGCUGUUAUGGCAGCGGCUGCUGCGGCUGCCGCUCAACAACAACAAUUUAGGCAACAACAGCAAAAGAAUUUAAUGCAACAGCAACAACAGCAACAAAUGUCUGAUGAUUCUGAUGGUGGUGCACAUUCAGAGGAUGAGACAAUGCAAUGUAUUUCAUCAACAAAUAAUGUUAACUUCGAUCAAUCAGAUAUGACAAGAGAGAUUUCAAAGACUGAUCAAAGCCAACAAACAACUCCUACAACGCCUACGUCUACAUCACCACUUACCGAAGAUAUUAUUUCACAAGGAGCACCUCAACGAUAUAUUCUGGAAACAAUUACCAUGACAACAGUAACAGAGCAAAGAAUCAUGCGCGAAGCAGCUGAUGGUGCUGGCAGUGGGAGUCAGAGUAGCGGUAGUGGUGAUGAUGCUAAUACAAAGAGUGAUGGUGACAAUAAUGAAAAUGACCAUAAACUUACAACUACAAAUACCAUAGACAAUGAUCAUCAACAUCGUCAGCAGCAUCAUGAAGCUAGUAGUAAUACAACUAGUAUCGUUGCUGAUCAUCAUCAACUAUCAUCAGCAUCAUCCACCAACACCACAACAACACAAGUACGUAGUACACCAGCGAAUGUACCACCAUCUGGUGGUGGUGGUGGUGGUGGUAGUGGCUCACCUAUCAGUGGUAUAUUAAAAGGUGGACGUCUUUGGAAUAAACAACAGCAACAGCAGCAGGCUACUCAACAGCAAACAUCGGCGACAGAAAAUGUGAAAACAUCAUCAUCAAUUGAAAAUAGAGAAAGACCACAGGUGACUGUGAUUGAAACUACAUUCAGUGCAGACAGUGACGAAGUCACAAACAAGCGAUCAGUACGAUUUUGUGACUCCGAUGAUGAGAAACGAAAUAGUGAUGAAGAUGAUGAUGAUGACUAUCAUGAACGGGAAGAGCAUAUGCAUCUAGACCCUGGUGGUGAUGAGAAUUUGGAUAAUCAAAAAACUAACGAGACUGAUAAUUGCAAUAAUUCAAUAUCACCAGAUGGCACCGAAAUGAUGUUAACAUUUAAAUUAGGAAACCAUUUAUUUAUAUCCAAUAAUAGUCUACGGCCAAAUUCGGCUGUUCGACAACUCUUUCCCUGUGCAAAUCCAUUAACACCGAACGAUAAAAUUGAUUCGGAAUCUGGUCAACAAUAUUUAAUAACAUCUGAAUCAUUACGAGCAUUCGAAGAAACAAAACGUACAAAACUACCCCAAUUAUUAACGAGCUGUGAAACAAACGAUGAUUCUACAAUACGAAAAACAAUUGAACGAAACACUUUACGACGAUCGUUAAUACGUUAUGAACCACGCACCAAGAAAACACCAAAAACCGAUAAUUCGCUAGUUGAACGAAUUAAACAAUUAACCUGUGAUGUUGAUGAUAACCCCAUGUUAGAUUCGGAACAACAGCAAAAUAAUGAAGCAGACGAUUCAAUGGCAACUGUGAUACGAACAAGUCCACCUGGUGAGGAGGCAAGAAAAUCACCAGAAAUUAAUACAAUAAAUAAUAAAAAUAAUUUGGAUAAAAAUAGUUUUUCACCGUCUUCAUCAUCGACAACAAGCUCGAACUCAUCGAUGUCUUCCACUUAUAAAAAAAUUACUGAUUUAUUUGCUAAGAAACAUGAGAAAGCAACUCAUGUACAAGCAGAGACUCAAACUCAAUCGUCUGACUUAAAUACGCGGCCAAAUAAUAUGCAUUCAGCAGCUCCUGAUCUUGGUAACGGCAAGAUACCAAACUCAGAUUUUAUUGAAUCACAAUGUGCUGUCUCCAAAUAUAACGUGACACAUGAGGCACGUAAACAAUUUUUAUCAACUUUAGCGCCGUUAGCAGCUUGUGUUGGAGGAGGAACAACUCAUGAAGAAUAUUACUAUCAACUGUCAACACAAGCUGGUGAACGUAUUUCAAUGGCAAGUACUGUUGGAACGGAGUAUAGUUUGGAGGAUAUUGACGCAGUAUUACAAACAGAAAAUAACGAUGAAUUGAAAAGAGUUGCGCCUGAUGUGUUGGUUGGAACUCCAUCUGCAUCUGAAUCUGGUGACGAAUUGGCAAUGUUUGUUCAGCAAGAUGCUAGUCGAAUUGAACGUAUUAAAAAACGAUACCAACCAGAAAAUAAUACAAACGAAGAAGACGAUGAACAAGACGAUUAUGGUUUUAAUCGACGCCCUAGUGUUCGUGGAAUUAAGCCCCGAUUUAGUUCAACAAAUGAAAUACUACAACAAAUUCAAAACCAAUUACAACCUCCUACAUCACAAACACAACAAAUCAAGCCAGAGAUGCAACCUCCUCCACCAAAACUGGUUCCAACACAAAUACGUGCUCCAGGUGCACCAGUAUCUUGGCCUUACUACUCCGAAACAAAUAUAAAUAAUCCUGAUAAUAAAAAUGUGCCACCACAAAUAGCGUCCAAUCGUAAUAUUAAAAAGGAUGAUCCCGAAUAUCAAGCUCAACAAAACAUUCCCUCAGAAACCAAAUAUACUUAUGCUCAAACGUAUCAUUAUAUACAAGAUACGAGAGGAUAUCGUGGACCACUAUUUCGGCCAAAUAGUUUAGUUGAUGAAUCAAUGUAUGAGAAUUGCACAAGUCAACGAUGUAAUCAACAACAUUAUACAAUCGCGCAUCAUCAUACUGCUGCACCGAUAAUGCGAAUCGGUGGAGGAUGUGCUGAAUUAUAUCAAACGUUACCAACUCCUCGUCGUACAACUGGUCGCCCUGAAUCACCGCCGCCAAUGGAAGUCGCACGCAAUUACCAUCAAACAAUGGUAUUAAUACCAUAUAAUCGUAUUGAGGGCUACCAACCUAACAUACUAUCACCAAAUCCACAAUAUGGGACAACAGAUAAUCCAAAUUUUACUCGAACAUUACCCAACAAAAUUAAAUCACCACAACCGCCACAUAUCAUACGACAAUCUCAAGAAUCUCAAAUCAAUUACCAAUGUAACACAAGUACUUUAAUAAAAGGUGGACAAAAACAAAUGAUGCGUAUACCAUAUACGUCGGGACAACCUGUACAAGUUCAUUUAAUGACCGCCCGAAGUGAUAGUCCACAACAGUUCGCAACAGCUCGAUCAACACAAACUUCCGUAGUGCCACCAACAAUAAUACCUGCAGCCACACAAUAUUAUUCAGCACAAAAUCAACAACGUUAUCGACCUGCAAUUGGAACGGUAAACAGUAACAUAUGGGCCAACCAGGAUCAAUAUGUUACAAAACCUCCACGACCAAGUGGUAUAUAUUCAGUACGACCAAUGAGUGAUGGGAUGUUAGAUUCUCAAAUGAAUGGAUAUCGUACAACUGAAAGUUUAUACUCGUUACCAAGAGAUUCAGCACCUACAUCACCUACGAAAAGUAAGCUCGCAUCUGAGCGAGGUGUACCCGAAGGUGCAGCAAGUAUAUCACCGCAAGAUUCAUUUCAAUCAAACAGUAGUACAGGAAAUGUUAUAUCGCCUACCGGAAAUCAACAACAACAGCAAUCCAAUGUAAAGCCAAUGUAUUACGCGAUGAACGUUUGACAAGGGGAAUAGGUACACAUUAAGGUUACAGUUUGUUUAAAUGAACAUGACGAGAAGUAAAAAAAAUCAUGUUUUAACUCAUAUUUCAAAACAGCAGCUCAGUUGCUCAGUCAAGAUACAUGAAGUAUCAACUGAACACAAGAAUAAAAUUUGCAAUUCAAGCAAAAAUUUUCAUAUACAUCAUCCAAC